AUGAAUUUAUUGAUGAUAUUAUCAACACAAUUAGAAUAUCGUAUACAAAAUGGUUAUCCAGUAAAACCUGGUGAAUUUCCAAUGAUUGUAUUAUUACUUGGUAAUACACAUUUAUGUACUGGAACAAUUAUAGCACCUGAUAAAAUUUUAACAGCUGGACAUUGUGCAUGUGGUGAUCCAACAUAUGAAGUUCAUGCAAAUUUAACACAUAUUGAUGAACGUUUUUCACCUCAUACACAAUUUCGUUUCGGUACACAAUUUAAUUAUCCUAUCAGUUAUAAAAAUCAAUGUGAUCAACUUAAUCAUGGUUUUAUUGAUAAUCAUGAUGAAUUUGGUGGUUCACCUGAUAUAUCAAUAUUAACAUUGAAUAAAAAAUUUAAUCUUAUAAAAGGAUGGAUUGAAAUUGGUUCAUUAAAUUAUAAUUAUUCAAUAAAUAAUACAAAAGAAAAUAAUAAUGAGGAUUUUUUUGUUUUGGGUUAUGGUGAAGAUAAAUCAAUGGAAAAUUCAAUAGGUCAAUUACGUUUAGUUGCUAUGUAGAUUCAGCCUGAAAUUAAUUAGAAGAGUUCCAGUUUGAAGAUAUAAAAAUCAAUAGUCUAAGAUAUAGUUUUCAAUCUAUUUCCGAUGAACCUCUAUCUAUCAUAUUCCAUACAUAGAACCAUAUCAGUUUUUGUUAUCUCCCGAUAAGAAUAAUGAAUGGUAAUUCUUGGGAUUCAUUUAUGGGCCAAUACUAUGAGUACAUUUUUAUCGUGUACUUAUUAUAUAACUAAACUGUUCAUAUUCAUGUCCCUCUUAUUAUGAGUUUUAUUUCGACCUAUGAACUAUUAUUAUACGAUUUACCAUUCUUGAAUUAUUCCCUGUCUGUUAAUCACUACCUCCCUCAAUCACAGCCACUUUUGGCCAGAUAUUGUACAAAUGUUAUUUUCUACUUUAUGGUACGUUGUGGUCUAUCUGGUUGAUAUAUAAACCGAGUAUGUUUGAAAUAUAAUGAUUCAUAUUGCAGAGACUGA